AUGGUAUACUCAAGAAGAGUAUCAUUCAAUAAUUUAUCUAAUGAUUUUGAGGAUAAGGAACCCCAUAAAUCGACCCAUAGAAAGAGACACACAUUAAAUCUGAUUCUUAGAAACCAGUUGAACAAUGUUCAAGUUGAUCAGAAUAUCGAGAACUCCAAGAAGACCAUUAAUUAUCAUGUUAUGGAUGUAAGUGAUGAUGAAGAUGAAGAACCAGUAUCCAGAAGAGGUAGUGCUAUUUCCAAUGGGAAUAACGAUGAAGAGUUAGAAGAUUUAAUAGAAAGGAAUAAGCACCAAAUCAAGAGUAGGAGGAAGAGUUAUAGCGAAAUGACCAAUGAAGAAUUAAUGGCCUUGGAUCCUCAGUUCAACACGCCCAAAACUGAUUUGUCUAAUUUCAAGUUUGAUAAUGCAAAGACUUAUUAUUUAUCAACUAAGAAGAACCAUAAUGUUUUGAAUGGUAAGACGUUCUUGAAAAGUGAAUUGAAACCUUCAAAUAACUACAGAUCUUACAAUUUAACUGUUAGAACUCCAAACUAUGAGAACAUGUUUGAAAGAACAUUGCUAUGUGUCUUCAAUGGUAGGAAACAUACAUGGAAUUCAAUUUAUUGGUUGGUUAAUUCAGGAUUCAUUCAAACCAAUGAUUAUGUUGUUAUAGCUUCAGCCAUACCUGAAAGUUUCAUUAAACAUAACCAAAAUCAUUAUAAGGAGAUUUUGCGUCAAAGAUGUGAAAGAUUACUUACUUGGAUAUCGGAUAUGUUACCUGAAGUAGAAAUCAAAAUCACUAUCGAACUAGUUAUUGAAAAUAGUAGUAAGAAGUUUGUUCAAGACUUAUUCACUCAGUAUAAUCCAAAUAUCUUACUUUUUGGUAACAAAUCGAAUAAUUUGAAUUUUAAGUAUCCGGUGAAAUUGAACCAAUCUAUAGGGAAUAAUUUCUUAUUGAAGUAUUCUUCCUAUUUGAUCAAAUAUUCAACUAUUCCUACAAUCAUUGUUAAUUCUAAUUUGGAUAUCAAGAGAAAGAAUUCUGUGGCUUCAUUGGAUUCAAUCGAUUCAGAUUAUAUUCAUACGGAUUAUUCCAAUCCUAAAACUUUUAUCAAUUUGAUAACUCAACCUUCAGAUAAAUCCCUUACAGAAUCCAAGAAUUACUUGAAUCAAAUGAAAAGUAAAGAAGAUCAUUCUAAUGGGGUUACUUUCAAUGAGUCAGUUAAAUUCGAUAGUAAGUUACAUUCUAUUUAUAAUUCCCAAUUACUGAAACAAAAUUCCAGCAACUCCGAUAAAAUCUAUAAAGUGAAAUCAUUAAUUGACGAUACAAGUUCCACUUCAACCAGUCAAACUUCAAUUAAUGAUUCAGAUAAUACCAUUAAGAAUGUCAAGAGUAAUUCAUCAGGAAUGACUACUAAAAUGAUCAAAAGUAAUCUUAAAGCCCCGGUGAAACAAGAAAAGAAAAAGGGGUUCUGGAAGAAAAUGUUUUCUUAA